CAAGUAAGCGCGAAAUGGUGUGUUAACCAAGCAACUAGACAGAUGGAGGAGUAAUAGGGGAAAGUAGGUAGGUUGGUUUGGUUGAUUAUGUUUUAAUUUUACAUAAAGAAAGUAAAAAGGUAGUGCUGGUGAAGGAGCGCAAUGAACGGACUGAAGAAUACAGUGAAAUGCAGCAGCAAAGUAUCGAUUAUGGUAACAGCAUAUGCCAAACAGCCAAACUACACCUUAUAAACAAUGUAAUUAAAAAUUCUCUUCUUAGUUUCUAUUUAAACCCCUUCAAUGAACCCCCAAAAUCCCCAAUUCUCCAAUCUCUCUCUCUCUCUACAGCUCCUCCACAUGACUCGUCCAUUCAGGCUGCUCGAUUCCGUGCCGGCACCAGUAACAACAGCACCGGCCGGGGAUUCCCAACCGCCCGUCCCGCCGGUGGACAGCGACUUCGUCGUCAUACUGGCGGCCCUCCUCUGCGCCUUGAUCUGCGUCCUCGGCCUCGUCGCCGUCGCCCGCUGCGCCUGGAUUCGCCGCCUCUCCUCCUCCGGACCCGCCGCCGCGGCGGAGGGAGGCAGGGCUCCGGCGGCGGCCUCGCAGGCCAACAAGGGGGUGAAGAAGAAGAUCCUCCGCGCCCUCCCCAAGCAGACCUUCUCCCCCGCCGACGACGCCGCGGCGAAAUUCACCGAUUGCGCCAUCUGCCUCGUGGAAUUCGCGGCCGGGGACGAGUUCCGGGUGCUCCCGCAGUGCGGCCACGGCUUCCACGUCGACUGCAUCGACACCUGGCUCGGCAGCCAUUCGUCCUGCCCUUCCUGCCGGCAGAUACUCGUCGUCAACCGGUGCCAGAAGUGCGGCGGCGUGCCCCCGAGCUCCUCGUCCGCCGCCGCCGCUCCCGUGGGAGGAGGAGGACCGGAAACGGAGGCUGGAUUGAAGGCGCGAGAAGAUGUCGAUGACGGGAAUCGAUUCUUGCCCUAGAUCUUCUCCCCCUCCCUAUUUUCGCGCGUUAUUUACCUUUUCUCCUUUCCUUUUUUUCCCCUUCUAUAUUGGUGGUUAAACUGUAAACUAUUAAUUAGUCAGAGCAGUAGAAAUUAGAAAAGGUGGAAGGAUGGAAGGAGGGGAAAAUGUCACAGUGUCUAGAGAUUAGAAAUUAGAGGUUGAUAGAGUAAUUUUUAUGUGGGGAUUAACUAUAUAUGUAAAAAGUUGUGUGUACAUGUAGUAAUAUUUUGUUGCAUAAUACUCAAUUCACCACAUAUAACUCGCAACACUUAUUCCUAUAAAUAUCCACUUGUUUUUAAGAACUGUUUCAAAAUGGAAUAACAAGAUAUGAUCAUAAUUAACACGGAUUAAUUAGAAAGAUCUGUUUUGUCACGAUACGAGUAGUCAUAUAUUACAGGAAGGAAACAUGAAAAAAUAGAAGAAUCUCACUAGCUAUGAAGGGGAAGGAGUGGCAGUGCCGGUUUAUUACUCAACCCACUAACCAAGACUCACUAACUACAAAUAAAGAGUGGUGGGUGGGGGGAGAGGGUUGACAAAAAAAAAAAAAAGUGUUGUUUGGAAACCUUAAUUCUAACGAAAUUCAUGUGUAUUCAACCUAAUUUGACUCGAUAAAGUGAGUUGAAUUCAGUGUUGAUGGAUUAUGCAUUGGGAACGAAUUUUAUCCGCUUUCGUAGUUAGCGAAUUGACUUGGGUGUGGAUCUUAUUAAAAACUCCCCCCACUUAAUAAUGUGAGUCAAACCGAGUUGACUCCAGCAUUGACAGAUUUUGGGUCGGAGACGAGUUAUACUCGCUUUAGUAAUUGACAAGUUGGGUCGGCUGCAGACUUAUUCCUUUUAUGAAUGUUUUUUACUAUACAUUUAUUUUACAUAAUACAAUGUUUUAUGAUUUUAUUUGAGCAUAAAUACAUGUAUUGAGAAUAAAUGUGAUAUUCCUAA